AUGGUGAAGCUUGAAAAUUACGCUGGUCUCUCUAAAAAGCAAGAAGACCUCUUAAAGAAAGGUUACUGCCACGGCAGUCUCGCUCUCUUCAACUUCAACAUCACCCAAACUGACUUCACCUGGCACACCCGAACUUCAUAUGGGAAAAAUGGCGUAAAUGAGCCAAUUCUUUCUUCAUGGAUUCAAUAUAAGCAAGGUUUGGCUGCUUGGAAAGCUAAAAAGCGCACAGACGGUCUUUCCCAUUUCAUUUUUGACUGGACUCCUAAAGACUUAGUGCCUAAUCUUAAACUAAAGUCAGAAUGCAAAACUUUAAAGGGAAAAACAGAGCCAAGCUUUAGUCUUGAAUACACCCAUCCAAGAGCUAUUGGAAAAUUAGUCUUUUUAGGGUCACCAUUGGUUGUUAAAGGAAGCUUGACAACAGGUCAGGCUGCAUAUGGGCUUGGACUUGAUGGCAAAUUCUGCACAGAGUCUCAAAAGUUGUGUGCUUAUAAUCUUGCUGCAUGGUGGUUCAGAAAACAUUCAAGACUUGUCGUAAAACAUAUCGGCACUAAUACAGACGAAAUAACUUGGGGUAACUUAGAAUUGUCUUAUUAUCACAAUAAUAAAAUGGGCAUUCGGUUCGAGAGAAAUUAGCUUUGCUAAUUUUCUCUCCCUCAUGGAAUUUUAUUAUUAGGGUUAGGUUUUCACUCGCGAACUUCUGGACAGCAACAGCGGUUUAACUUUGGGGAUAACCAAAGGAACCACUCCUCAGUCCACUCAAGAUCUCGGGCUUUUACCUCUCAGCACAUCCCCACGGGAGGAUGACCCUUAGGCGGAACACGCGCAGGAGCUGAGUCGAGCGACAAGGGCGACGGCAACGCGCCGGGUGAGACGUGCAGCAAGGCCGGUGAAGCAGGAGUUGAUAGAAGGCUUGGACGGGGCUGACCCGUGCCAAGAUGGCUCGCCUACGUCAUCAGUUUUGCCAUAGGCCCUUUUGGGCUGCGGCACUAGACACCUUAAACACCAGAUAAUUAAGUAAGUAAGUAAGUCUUAUUAUCACAAGUUAUCUCCAAAGGUUCAUGUUGGCACCAGAGUUAUUAAUGAUAUUAAAGGAAAAUCAACUGACUUCGAAAUUGGAGGAGACUAUAAAUAUGAUGAAAAAACAGUAGUUAAAGCAAAAGCAGGAACUUGUGGAGGCAUUGCGCUUGGUUUAGCCAGACAACUGAGUGACAACUUAAAGCUUACUCUUUCAACUGCCUUAGAUUCUAAAGCAAUUACUGCUUGUGACUUACAUGACUUCAAGUUUGGACUUAGAUUAGAUUAUUCCCAAUAA